CUCGUCCUGAGGAGAGUUGUGAGAGGAGGAGGAGGAGGGGGGGCUGAGAAGAAGAGGCUGGAGAAGCGGGGACCGAUGUUUACAGCGGGCCGAGAUCUUCCUGGGUAACAUAAUGCCAGCUGAACGUAAGAAGUCGACAAGCAUGGAAGAAAAAGAAACAUCAUUAAGUAAUAAAGAUAAGGAGUUCAGUGACAGACGAUCAGUGAGCAGCAGGGACAAGCCCAAAGAGGAUGUCAGGCUUGGCGUGAAGAGAGAAAUGUUAAAACCACCUGAAGAUAAAAAGAAAAAACUGGAGGAGGAAAAGCGGAAAAAAGAAGACAAGGAACGUAAGAAAAAAGACGAUGAGAAGGUUAAAUCUGAAGAAGAGCAGAAGAAAAAAGAAGAGGAGGAAAAGCAAAAACUUGAAGAGGAGGAGAAAAUGAAGCAAGAGGAAGAAGUGAAGCGGCAACAGGAAGAGGCAGCUGCCCAGCUUAAAGAGAAGGAAGAGGCCCAUCAGCUCCACCAGGAAGCUUGGGAACGCCACCAGGCAAGAAAGGAACUCCGUAGCAAAAACCAGAAUGCAUCAGACAGCCGCCCUGAAGAGAACUUCUUCAGCAGGCUGGAUUCAAGCCUCAAGAAAAACACUGCCUUUGUUAAGAAGUUAAAAACUAUCACGGAACAGCAGAGAGACUCCUUGUCCCAUGACUUUAAUGGUCUCAAUUUAAGCAAGUACAUUGCAGAGGCUGUUGCUUCUAUAGUGGAAGCAAAGCUAAAAAUAUCAGAUGUAAACUGUGCAGUGCAUUUGUGUUCCCUCUUUCAUCAGCGUUACGCUGACUUUGCUCCAUCACUGCUGCAAGUGUGGAAAAAGCAUUUUGAAGCAAGGAAAGAAGAAAAAAUGCCCAACAUUACUAAACUAAGAACGGACUUGCGGUUCAUUGCAGAACUGACAAUAGUUGGCAUUUUCACAGAUAAAGAAGGCUUGUCUUUAAUCUAUGAACAGCUAAAGAACAUUAUUAAUGCUGAUCGUGAAUCCCACACCCACGUUUCAGUGGUUAUUAGUUUUUGUCGGCAUUGUGGAGAUGAUAUUGCUGGUCUGGUACCAAGGAAAGUUAAAAGUGCAGCAGAUAAAUUUAACUUGAGUUUUCCUCCCAGCGAAAUAAUUAGCCCAGAGAAGCAGCAACCUUUCCAAAAUCUGCUAAAAGAAUAUUUUACAUCCUUGACCAAACAUCUGAAAAGGGACCACAGGGAACUGCAAAAUAUUGAAAGACAAAACAGGCGUAUUCUACACUCUAAAGGGGAACUGAGUGAAGAUCGACAUAAGCAGUAUGAAGAAUUUGCCAUGUCCUAUCAGAAGUUGUUGGCAAACUCUCAGUCUUUAGCUGAUCUUCUGGAUGAAAAUAUGCCUGAUCUUCCUCAAGACAAACCAGUACCAGAAGAACAUGGGCCUGGCAUUGACAUUUUUACCCCUGGCAAGCCUGGUGAAUAUGACUUGGAAGGGGGCAUCUGGGAGGAUGAAGAUGCUCGAAACUUCUAUGAGAAUCUUAUUGACUUAAAAGCAUUUGUGCCAGCAAUCUUGUUCAAGGAUAACGAAAAGUGUUCACAAAACAAGGACUCAAGCAAAGAUGACUCUAGAGCAGAGUUAAAAGAAGCUAAGGAAAACAGAGAUGUGUCUGGUACUGAAGAUCUGGAAUUAGACCUGGAGAAUUUAGAUAUCAAUGAUGACACGCUUGAGUUAGACUGUGGUGAUGAAGCAGAGGAUCUCACCAAAAAGCUUCUUGAUGAACAAGGGAAGAAACAGGGAGCAGAUAGCACCGGAGCUGAAAAUAGCAACGGAAAGCAAGCUGCAAGAAUAGAGCAAGAAGAUGAAGAAACCAGUACUGGGUCACACCUGAAGCUUAUUGUAGAUGCUUUCCUUCAGCAACUCCCAAACUGUGUAAAUAGAGACCUAAUAGACAAGGCAGCAAUGGAUUUUUGUAUGAAUAUGAACACAAAGGCCAACAGAAGAAAAUUAGUCCGGGCUCUCUUUAUCGUACCUCGACAAAGGCUAGACUUGCUACCUUUUUAUGCAAGGCUGGUUGGCACAUUACAUCCCUGUAUGUCUGAUGUAGCUGAGGAUCUCUGUUCCAUGCUGAAAGGCGACUUCAGGUUUCAUGUGAGAAAGAAGGACCAGAUCAACAUUGAAACAAAAAAUAAAACUGUACGAUUCAUUGGAGAGCUUACUAAGUUUAAAAUGUUCUCAAAAAGUGACACUCUGCAUUGCUUAAAGAUGCUUUUGUCUGACUUCUCACACCACCAUAUUGAAAUGGCGUGUACUCUGCUAGAGACUUGCGGUAGAUUCCUCUUCAGAUCACCAGAAUCCCAUUUAAGAACAAGUGUUCUUUUGGAACAAAUGAUGCGGAAAAAACAAGCAAUGCAUCUAGAUGCCCGGUAUGUCACAAUGGUAGAAAAUGCCUAUUACUACUGCAAUCCCCCUCCAGCUGAGAAAACUGUGAAGAAGAAACGCCCUCCUCUCCAGGAGUAUAUUCGGAAGCUCCUUUAUAAGGAUCUUUCUAAAGUCACAACUGAGAAGGUCCUGAGACAGAUGCGCAAAUUGCCCUGGCAUGACCCUGAAGUGAAAGACUAUGUUAUAUGUUGUAUGAUCAACAUCUGGAAUGUGAAAUAUAAUAGUAUUCACUGUGUAGCCAACCUUUUAGCAGGGCUGGUACUUUACCAAGAGGAUGUUGGAAUUCAUGUAGUGGAUGGUGUUCUAGAGGAUAUUCGACUGGGAAUGGAGGUUAAUCAGCCAAAAUUUAACCAACGAAGGAUCAGCAGUGCCAAGUUCCUGGGUGAGCUGUACAAUUACAGAAUGGUGGAGUCGGCAGUAAUAUUUCGAACUCUGUAUUCAUUUACAUCAUUUGGUGUGAACUCUGAUGGUACUCCUAGCCCACUUGAUCCUCCAGAACAUCUUUUCAGAAUCAGGCUGGUCUGCACCAUCCUUGAUACUUGUGGGCAGUACUUUGAUAGAGGAUCUAGCAAACGAAAACUUGAUUGCUUUUUGGUCUACUUUCAGAGGUAUGUCUGGUGGAAGAAAAGCUUGGAUGUUUGGACAAAAGAUCACCCAUUCCCUAUAGACAUUGACUAUAUGAUCAGUGAUACAUUAGAACUGCUGAGACCAAAGAUAAAACUCUGCAACUCUCUGGAAGAAUCUGUUAGGCAGGUACAAGAACUGGAAAGGGAAUUCUUAAUCAAACUAGGUCUUGUGAAUGACAAGGACUCUAAGGAUUCAAUGACAGAAGGGGAGAAUCUAGAGGAGGAGGAAGAGGAAGAGGAAGGUGGAGUUGAGAUAGAAGAACAAUCAGGAAAUGAAAGUGAAAUAAAUGACCCAGAGGAAGAGGAGGGCUCUGACAAUGAUGAUGAAGAGGGAGAAGAAGAGGAAGAAGAAAAUACAGAUUAUCUCACAGACUCUAAUAAGGAGAAUGAAACUGAUGAAGAAAAUACUGAAGUAAUGAUUAAAGGAGGUGGACUUAAACGUGUUCCUUGUGCUGAAGAUGAAGAUUUUAUUCAGGCACUGGACAAAAUGAUGCUGGAAAAUUUACAGCAGAGGAGUGGAGAAUCUGUGAAAGUGCAUCAGCUAGAUGUUGCAAUCCCUUUGCAUCUCAAGAGCCAGCUCAAGAAAGGUCCACCAUUGGGUGGUGGGGAAGGAGAAUCUGAGUCUGGAGACACAAUGCCUUUUGUCAUGUUAACCAGAAAAGGCAACAAGCAACAGUUUAAGAUCCUUAAUGUGCCGAUGUCCUCCCAACUGGCUGCAAAUCAUUGGAAUCAGCAACAAGCUGAGCAAGAGGAGAGGAUGAGAAUGAAAAAAUUGACACUGGAUAUCAAUGAACGGCAAGAACAAGAGGACUAUCAGGAGAUGAUGCAGUCCUUGGCUCAGCGGCCAGCUCCAGCAAAUACCAAUCGAGAACGGCGGCCUCGUUAUCAGCAUCCAAAGGGAGCACCUAAUGCUGAUCUAAUCUUUAAAACUGGUGGAAGGCGUGAGAGAGGGAACAGACAGCGCCGAAGCUGAAAUUAGUCACGGAAAACAGAAAGAAAAGAGACGUUGAUCCAGCAGCAAGCGUCAUUUCAUUAGGUCCUGUAUCUCCAAUGUUGUGGAUUAGUGGAGUCCUCCAGCAAUUAAAAGAGAGCAGCGGACACAUCUGAGCAUGUCAGUCUAGAGAGUUCAGAAUCGAAAACCUGGGACAGGCUGGGGCCAUAGAGCAGAUACACCAGUCUCCACUAAAAACAGAAACAGCGGAAGCUUCCAGUCAUGGCCUACCAAACAAACAAAAUGCAUCUUGUUAUGGAACCAUGUGAGGGUUAAUCUUCUCAUGAGAAUGGAAGUAAAUAAAUGAGAUGGUUAACUUUACCAGUGAGCAGUUCAGUUACAACAAAGAGCAACUUAAGUAAGAUGGAUUAAGCUGGAACAGAAAUGGUUUUGAUGGCUAAGUAUGGGAGAAAUCAAACCUAAUAUGAGUGGCAUUUUCUCUGAAUUGAGCAUGGCAUGUCAGGAGAGUAUUCAUUUGGGGGACUGCAGGUCUGCAUUAGAGCAGUGGAUAGAACAAGAGGUAACUAUCGUAUAGCAAACUCCAACACAGAGAAUGAGCAACAUAGCAAAUGAAAUACCAAAAUAAAAGAUAUUCCAUAAUAUCAAGAAAAAAAGGCUUUUGUUCUAAGGGGAAACUCCUGCUUUCCAAGGUGUGGGGAGCUGGGAGCUGGUGAAGCAGAACCAGAUCCAAGGAGCUAGAAUGAUCUAUUGAUGGUCAGAGCAGAUGGGAAGGUAGAGAGCGUUGACCCAAAGUUGCUUAGAACAGCCUGACACCAGCCUAAGAAUGGGGAUCUAGAGGCGCUCGUUAAAAGCAUCAUUGAAAACCAAAAUGUGCCAGUCAGCAUGACAGACAGAUGCCAAGAAGUGGAGCUGAAUGUUCUGUUGACUUUCAUGGGUUGAUAAGCUUCUGUGUCUACAUAUUUAAAAAAAAAAAGAGGAAAAAAAUUAGUUGGCAAUGAGUAGAAUUUUUAUUUUUCUAAAUGGAAAUAAGGUUUCUUGGUCAGUUUCUGACAAUCUUGUUUGUUAGUAUAGUUGUGGGGGAUAAUUUUUUGUUUUGUUUUGCUUUCACCUAGGUGUAGUACAUUCAGUUAAAAAGCACAUCUGUAUGCUACUAAUUUUUUUUUCCUAUUUUAAAAUUCUUUUUACCACUGUUGAGUUCUGCAUGUAGAAUUUUUAACAAGAUGUGUACAACUUGUAACAUUUCACACUUGCAUACAUAUACACACAGUCCGUCAGAAAUGCCGCCCGAUCUUCACCAGCUUCAGAACUCUGAUCUUUGCCAAUGCUGCAAUAAAGUGUUGUAAUUUAGAA